GAUGUGGCAAAGGCCAGCCCUGUCCCAGUCAUGAUCUACAACUGUACCACCCCUUCAAACCCCUUAGCAGCAGCAGGCAUCGACCUAGACAGCACGACCAUCCUCGAGCUCGCCCAGUCCUGCCCGAACAUCUGUGGUGCUAAGCUCACCUGCGAAAACAUGGGCAAGCUCUACCGUAUCAGUAUCAUCAUUUCCCAACCGGCGUUCGUGGCCCAGGAGCUCGGGCAAGAACGUGCCCUUCUGGAUCGGUCCGGGCUACUCGGAUUUCCUCUAGCCAUCCAUCCUCCGCCGACCGGGUGCAUCAGAGGCCUAGGGAACGUAGAGGAGGAGGGUAAGGUGUGGUUUGGCCUAAAUGUGGGCAUCCUACGGACUGGAAGGAAGGAGUGA